AUGUAAUACGAAUCAAUUCUUUAAGAUCUCCUCCCUUAUACAUGGCCAGAACAAUCAGAACAGAGAAUUAUUCUAAUCAAAAAUAUUAAAUAGCAAUUUAAUCAAAUAAUUACAUCAAAUCCAUGCUUUUAUUAUUAGAUAUAAAGAAUUAAAUAAGAUCUUGCUUCUUAAGGUCCCUAUUAUGAACUUAUUGAAGAAUUUGAAGAAGAAACCUAUACACACCAUAAAUUAAAGGAAAUUUUAUAAUAUUUACAUUUUCAAGGUGAAUAAAGACCCUCAAAUUUAAAAUAAUUUUUAAAUCCAUAGAAAUUAUAAAAAUUAAUUUGUGAUAUUUAUAGAAUUUUCAAUAGAACCAUAUUAGAUUACUAAGCUAAAUCUAUUCAUUAUCCAUAUUAUUUAAAAUUAAGUAUAUCAAUCUUUAAAAAAAUAUCCAAUCAAAACUUUUUAGAUUAAAACACAUUUAAUUUUAUAUGUCAUUAUGGGAGCAGAAGAUGUUUAACAUUAAGAAAUUAAUGGUAAGAUUUUAAUGUUAAUCAAUAAAAAUAUAUUUCAUUAACUUAAUGUUUGAAGAGAAUAUCUAAUUUUAAUUAAGUUAGAAUAGAUUCUGUAUUAUAAUAUUUUAAUAAAUAAUAACUAAACUUAUGUUUUAUACUUUAUUGCAUAAUAUAAUGCGAAGAAUUAAUUGCUAUUGUCUUAGGUGAAAAAGAUGCAAAUAUUAUAAAUUAUUAUGAAGAUGAUUUGAUUAUUCCUCAAAAAGUUUCUUGUGAAGAUGUUUCAUGGCAUUAUAAUUGUUUUACUUAAAUUAGAGACUAUUUUCCUAGAUUAGCUUAAAAAUUAAAUAAGCGAAUGAAAGUAUUAAAAAAACUACCAAUCUACAAUGAAUAGACUAGAAUUUAAAUCUUUAAUUACACUUAAUUAAUGUAUGGAUAUUAAACUAAUUUUCAAAACAUUUUAUCUGAAGAAAUAAAACAUAAUAUUGAUCAAAUUUUAUUAUACUAAUAAGUUGAUUGUGAUCCAGGACUUGUAAUAUUGGUGGCCAAUGCCAGAAUGUAUACUUAAUUAAUGUAUUCGUUAAUGUGA